AUGGACUUGGUAGAUGUUGUCGGUCUGGCAAAGAAUGCGAAAAAUCUCGCAAAGCAAACCGUGAACAAUUCGGCAGCUGAGAAUAGGCAAUUUUUUACCAGUACUGUCGAACAUGCCGCCAACAAAGGUGUCAAGGUUAUGGGUAAGACCCAAGCCGGUCAAACCAUUUUGGACGGAGGUAAAUUCUUGGAAAAGACAGCCAAUAAGGGUGUCAAGAUUGUGGGAAAGACACAAUUAGGUGGAGUGGUCUUGGAUGGCGGUAAAUUUGUCGGUGGCGCUGCCAUGGUGGUGGGGGGAACUUUGACGGACACACUUACGGAUGGAGCUGGAUUUGUAGGGGGUGCCGUGUUGGGUGGUGCCGAUCUGCUCGGGAAAACGGCCAUGAUGGGAACCGAGCUCCUCGGCGAAGGCAUCAACCUGUUAAUGGGAGAGGAUGACGCUUCUGCCUUUUUCCAUGAAAAGCCAGAAGAACUGGAAGGCUACGACAACGACUUUGACCAAAUGCUUCCGGAAAGGUUUCAAGAUCCAGAAAAAGAAAAGGAGGUUAGACCUUCCAUGAAAGUGGAGUGGGAUGAGGUCAGUUGGACUCAUAUGGAUGGAGGCCCAAGAGGACAUUCACUUGCCGUUGUCGUUGACAAGACUGUGAGUCAACGAAAGCUGGAAAUCAAGGAAGAACGCGAAAAUAAUGGAGGCAAAGCUAAUAAGUACGAAUCAGACGAGGAAUCAUCCGUGGAAUCGGACAAAACCGAAGAUAUCUAUUUUACGGACGCUGAGAUUCGGGCCAAGGAAAAGGCCGAAAAGCGAGAAAGGAAGCGUCUUCGCAAGGAGAGGAAGCGCAUGAGUAAAUUGGCGAGAGCAGAGGCAGAUACGAAGGCCGCAGCAGCAAAAAUGAAGGAAGAUGAAAAUUUUGAAGCUUUGGGAAAGAGUUAUAACUUUCUGUCGGCCAGUGAAAGAGGAGAAUUCAAUGCAGAUGGAAGCCUGAGGGUUGAUGGCGCUAACGAAGCGGAAGUAACAGGAGGAGCUCCUAUCCAAUCUCUUGAACUGCCUAGCAAUUCGGGGCAUAUGGAUGGCAUUCAGAUGAAGAUGCGCUCAAAGGGUCUUUGGGGAAAGUUGCGGCAGAAUGUAGCGCAACGUGCCAUUGUAAAAACCUUUCAAUCCAAUGUGAAGCAAAACAAUGAUUUCUUUGAUGCAUUUGAUGACCUUGAUGCCGUCGAUGAAAUGGGGGACGAUCCAAUGGGAGCGGCCACGGCAAUGCUUAACAAUGAACACGAUAAUGAAAAAGACAAGGUCGAGAAUCUGCGGAAGCAGUUGGAUGAGUAUGAGGCAAAUUUAGAAAAGGAACGAAAAGAAGUCGAGGAAGAACGUAAACGAAUCGCUGCUGAAAAGAAGGAGCUAGAAACACAAUUCAAGUUCGAAUCGGGACGGAAUGAGAAGCUUACAAAACAGACUCAUGACCUGAAAAAGGAACUUGGCGAGGAGCUAGAAAAGAAGAAUGAAUUUAAACUGCAACGCGAGCUGGAGGAGCUCCGCGCCGAGAACGAGGUAUUGCAGGAGCAGGUCGAAAGGCACGAUAGUAUUCUACGGUCGCUUCAUCGUGAGAAAGCGAUUCGGGAGAAGAGAGAAAAGCGAAAGCAACUAUAUGGAGGAAAUAAUCCCCACUCGAGCGGUGCUACGGUACAAACGUUUCGGUCUUCGGGCACUGGUACUGUGCAAUUUGACGAUGAAGCGACCAUCGUCACCUACGUUGCAAAAAGUCGUCGUAGUUCCAACAUCAAAGUGAUGGAAGAGAACCUCGAAGAGAUGAAUGACGAACUGGAGGCACGCCAGAAGGUAGUCGAAAUGCAAGUUAUGGAAUUAGAAAAUCUGCAGAAGCAGCUCAAGGAAGCCGAGGACCGAAGUGGACUCAAACCGUUGAAGAAUGAAUUCUUGGAGCUUCAGAAGCAAAAAGAAGAAAUCCUGCAAAAGUCAGAGGAAGAGAAAGCAGAAUUGACCCAGACUUUGGAGGACAAGAAGGAAUUAGCCGCCAAACAUGCGGCGGAACUCUCCAGACUGAAACUUGAUCAAACCAAAAAAGAAUUGAAGGCAGCACAAGAGGUGGAGCCACCAGCAGAAAAGGGUGGUCUCUUUAGCAUGCUCUGGGGCGAUACUCCAAAAGACGAAAUCUCAGAUGCUGACGUUGCCCUGUCCAAAUUGGGCCUCUAG